AUGGGCGUUGCCAAUGAGGUACCCCUUUAUGGGAAGGCAGUGCGUGCAUUCGACGAGCUCAACAUUGCGGACUUUUCAAUACCGGAUGUCACGCUGAACGCCUUCUCCGAUGUCUACCAGGUAUACCCAGGGGGUAAAGCCUACCAAGUCGAAAUGGGAGUGCUCUCGCUCGGAUGUUCUGACAUGAAGCAAAGCUUCACGGGAAAUCGCACCAUCGAGACGACAUUCAUCCCUAGUUAUCUCUAUGGGUAUGGGUCGCUAGUGCCGGGCGGCUCUGACCAAAACCGGGUGUUGGGUGAUGUUUCGGCGCAACCGUACUCGAGUGGCAACCUCCCAAUUGAUCUGCUCGAUGUCAAGAUCGGCGUCAUCAGUGGUGGCUCGCCCUGGGCAUACACAGAUAAAACCGGUCUCCUCGGCCACGGAAACGCUUCCAUUAACUACGGCGUCACCGUUUUUGCGAGCGGCGCCGACCCCUACAUAUACCUCCCACACAGCACAUGCGAGGCCAUCGCGGCCGAGCUCCCUGUUACCCACCAUCCCGAUUACGGCCUUUACUUCUGGAACACCGAGGACAAGCGCUACUCCGAGAUUGUCAGCGCGCCAACAUAUCUGGGGUUUACGUUCAGCAAGAAAUCGCUCAAUAAUGCAAAUAUCACCAUCAAUAUACCAUUUUCGUUGCUAAACCUGACGUUGGAUGCGCCUCUCGUCGACAAACCUACACCAUAUUUCCCCUGCAUGGGCACAAAUGGGAACUACGUGCUUGGCCGAGCAUUUAUGCAGGCUGCUUUUGUCGGCGUCAACUGGGGGCCUCAUCAGGGCAGCUGGUUCCUGGCGCAGGCUCCUGGCCCCAACAUCCCCGGCACCACGACAGUGACAACGAUCAAUCCUUCCGAUAACACGGUAAAGAGCAGUUCUAGCGACCGGGAAAGCAGCUGGAAGGGGGUGUGGAAGGAGCUACCUGCGACCUCGGUCUCGAACUUGAGCACGCCGACCCCGUCGGAAGACAGCGGUGGAUUGUCUACGGGAGCCAAAACCGGCAUCGCCAUCGCGAUGGCGGUGGCAGCAACAGUUGUGGCCGUUUUUGCUGUGUGGUGGUGGCUGCAGGGCCGUCGACAACCGAUGCUGGCAGCUGUGCCAAAGCAGGAAAGAAAUCAGGAGCAACCGGUGUAUGAGUUGGAUAACACGGAGAGGACGCAGGUUUAUGAGUUGUCUUAG